UUAAGGAAAGGCCAACAACAAACACACCCAAAGCCGAAGGUCACCACCGCUCCACUUCUUCCAAACCACCAACACAUCUCUGAUGCGCUUCUCUUCAACUCCAAUGGCCGCCUCAAAGCUGCUGCUGCUCCUCUCCAUUACAGUCCUAACCUUUACUGCAAUCACAGCCGCCCCCGCCGUUGCAGAGACUUCUAUUGACGAUACUUCUCCUGAACCAGAGUCCUCCACGUCUCUCAGGAUCGAACUCGACCAACUCUACUCCAGGCUGUCCCUUCUAGAAUCCAACCUUGAUGAGAAAAUCCGUGAAUUGAAAAGCAAGGAUGAGAGCAUCAAACAGAUGGAUAAUAUCAUUCAGGAGAAGACAGCUGCUAUUGCAUCAUUACAGAGUGACAUACAAGCACUGCAGCAAAAAGGGUCCUCAGAUGCUAAGGAUCAGGACAGUAAGGCUCAUGCACGCAUUCAAGAACUUGAGAGGCAGGUUGAAAAUCUCAGACAAGAAAUGGAAAAACAAAACAAGGAAAAAGAUUCCUUGGAAGCCCGAGGAAAUGUAGCUGAGAAAAAGGUCACUGAAUUGAACAUGAAACUAGAAAGUCUUCAGAGGAUCAAUGAUGAACAAAAGACCCGAAUUCAUAAAAUCAAACGUCCCCUUCAAGUGGCAGAGGAAGAAAUGAUGAAAACUAAACUGGAGGCGACCAAGGUCUCUGAGGAGUUGAAUAAGGUUAGAGAAGCAUGGAUUCCACAUUGGCUUGCAGUUCAUUUAUUGCAUUGCCAGUCCUCUGUAGUGACUUAUUGGGAGGAGCAUGGAAAACCCACCUUGGAUGCGACAGUUAAAAAGGCACUUCAAAAGAAAGCUGAAGUUGAGAAGUGGGCGGAGCCUCAUAUUGAAACUGCAAAAACAAAAUGGAUCCCAGCUGUGAAGGAACAAUGGCUGAAAUUUAUUACUCAAAUCGGACCAAAUGUUAAAUUACUCACUGCUAAAACCAUUGAGUUUUACUACACAUCCAAGAAUUCGGUAGAGCCACAUGUUGUCAAAGUACAAGAGAUGGUGGAUCCAUACUUUCAGGACAUGAAGAGGUCGACAAAACCAUAUAUUGAUCAAGUUGCUACAAUGACAAAGCCUCAUGUAGAAAAAGCACGUGUUUUCUUGAGGCCAUACACAAAAAAAGUAAUUUAUAACUAUAGGAAGUCUGUUAAAGCCACUGCUGUUUACCAUCGUCAGGUCCAAGAUACAAUACAUGGAAAGCUUAAGAGUCACGAGCUUACAAGACCACUUGCAACUAAAGAAUUGGUUUGGUUUAUGGCUUCUGCUCUGAUGGUUCUACCCAUACUCUCGCUUUUUAAAGUGGUUUCAGCAGUUUUUUGUAAAAAGCCUAAAAAGCGAAGUCGUAAUUCCUAUACAAGCCAUACACAUCGCAGGGCUAAGCGAGUACAUCCCAACAAAUGAAGUUAUUUGGAAGUGGUUCUCAAAGCUUGAGGGCCUUUCCAAUGUUUGCCUCUUGAAGUUGAAGUGGGUGUUUUUUUGUACGAAUCGUGGAAACGAGCGGAGUGGGAUGCUAUGUUGAGGUGAACACCUAUAAGGGAUCGAGAGAGGGGGGGGAUGAUAACAAAGACCAGACCUUGCAGCUACGGAUGAUAGAUAUAGGAACAGGAGUAAUGUUUUUAAACUUUAGGAUGCUUGCUUUCAGAUAGAGUUCCUGUAUUAUUAUUAUCCAUUUUCCUUCUUGACGUGAAUCACAAAUGAACAAAUCAUGGAUGGGGUAAAAUGGCAAUGGAUCCUUUUUGAGUAAAAAAUGAACAGUUCACGUACGUGAAUGUUUGAUUCUUGUGAGAAUGAACCAUGAACUUGAUGGCAAUCGACUAAUGUUUUAUUUA